UUCUGGCCAUGACCCUGCCGUGGCCCUCUCCUGGCCCUUCCUUGGUCCUGCCUGGCCCUUCCAUGCCCUGGCCUUGCCCUCACCCUGCAUUGGCCCUGCACUGGUCCUGCCCUGCCCUGGCACUGCCUUGGCCCCGGCCCUGCCUUCUCCCUGGCCUUGCCUUUGCCCUGCCCUGGCCUGACCCCAGGCCUACUGAGUCCAUGAAAUGGCCCUGGACCUGCCUUGCCAUCCUCUGUCCUGGCCCUGUAUUGUCCCCACCAUGCUUUGGUCCAGCGCUUGCCCUAGCCCUGUUGCUAGUCCUGCCACUGCUAUGGCCCUGCUCUGUUUUUGGCCAUGCCAUGUGCUACCCUAGCCCUGCCCUGCCUUGGCCUUGGCCCUACCAUGGCCUUCUCCUAUCCUGGCCUGGCCCUACCCUGGCCUUUUCUACCCUGGCCUUGCCCUUCCUUGAUCUUGCCCUGCCCUGGCCUUGCCCUGCCCUGGCCUUGGUUUUGCCUUAUCCUGGUCCUGGUUCUGCCCUGACCCUGGCCUUGCUCUGGAUCCUCUCUGGUUCUGCUUUCUCCCUGGCCCUGCCCUUACUCUGGCCCUGUCCCUGGCCCAGCCUUGACCCUGACCCUGGCCCUGACAAUCCCCAGGUCUGACACUGGCCAUGCUUGGCCCUGGCCCCUCCUUUUGGCCCUGCCCUGGCCCUGCCUUAGCCCUGUGCUAUCUUAGUCCUGCCCUGGCCCUGAACUCGCCCUGGCCCUACCCUCACCCUACACCGGCCCCGCCCUACCCUGGCCUUGCCCUGCCCUGGCCCUGCCUUUGGCCUGCUCUGGCUCUGGUUCUGCCCUGGCCUUGCCCUUGCCCUGGACCCUCCCUGGCCAUGUUUUUUCCAUGGUCCUUCUCUGGCCUUGCCCUUGCCCUGUCCCCUUUCUGGUCCUGCCAUGUUUCUGGCCCUGCCCUGUCCAUGUCCUGGACCUGACUCUGGCCCUGGAUCUCCCUGUCCUUGCCCUGCCAUACCCUGGCCCGUUCCUUGCUCUACACUGACCCUGCCCUGCCUUGGCCCUGUGCUACCCUAGCCCUGCCCUGGCCUUCUGCUGACCCUGAUCCUGCCAUGGCCCUGGCCCUGCCAUGUCCCUGCCCUGGCCCUGGUUCUUCCCUGCUUCUGGCCCUGGCCUUGGUCCUCUCAUGUCCCUGGCUGUGACCCUGCCCCUGGUUUUUCUCUGGCCAUGACCCUGCCCCAGUUCUGUCCUAUCCCUGGCCCUGUCUCAGUUCUGUCCUAGCCCUGGCCUUUCACAGUACUUUAUGCUUAGUAAGGGCUCCACGGUGUCUGUGAGUUGAAUGUUGUGUUCAUAGUAUCUGCCAAAACAGAAAGAAAAAAACAAAAUAUUUUGAUAAGAAGUUAAAGUUUUGUAUAUAAUAUGCCUUGAAUUGUCAGUGCCUGUUAUUAGUUGUAUUACAUAUAGGUCAUGGUUUUGUACACAUAACUCCAAACCAUUGAUACUGUUAAAAGGAUAUAUGAAUAUAUGAAAGAAUGUAUAAACGUAAGAAUGUAUCAGUAUCUAAUGACCUUUCUGAAUUAAUUUUUAAUUUUAGCUCUAUUAGAUUUUUCUCAGUGUAACAAAUGUUUAUUCAUAUGUAAUUAAGGGUGUAUUUCCUGUCCAGAAUAUUCAUAUUACCUAAUUGAAAAUUAUAUGAUACAAAAAUAUAAUACUAUUUUUAGGCCAGGCAUGGUGGCUCAUACCUGUAAUCCCAACAUUUUGAGAGGCCAAGUUUGGAGAAUCAUUUGAGUCCAGGAGUUGACCAGCCUGGGCAACAUAGUGAGACCUUGUCUUUAUUAAAUAAAUAAAUAAAUAAAUAAAUAGUUUGGGCACUGUGGCUCAUAUCUGUCAUCCCAGCAUUUUGGGUUGCCAAUGCAGGAGGAUUGCUUGAGCCCAGGAGUUUGAGACCAGCCUGGGCAGAAUAGCAAGACUCCAUCUCUGCAAAUAAUAAAAUAUUAACCAGGUGUGGUGGUGCGCACCUGGGGUCCCAGCUACCUGGGAGGCUAAGGUGGGAGGUUUGCUCGAGGCUGCAGUGAACUGUGAAUGCACCACUGCAUUCCAGCCUAGGCCACAGAACAGGACCUUGUCUAUAAAUAAAGAAAUAAGAAAAAUAUAAAUAAAAAUAAGUAAAAAUAAAUAUAAGUAAAUUUAAAUACAUAUAAAUAUAAAAAUGCAUACAUGAAAAGAAACAAUUUUUAAAUUUAACAUCACUGAGGGCAUCCUAUCCAUUUCAUUUCAUGAUUCCAUUACAUCAUUUCACUUAGAUGAAAUGAUAAGAUGACUUGAGAUGAGAUGAAAUGAUGAGAUGAAAUGACAAA